AACUACGUCAAAUGCGCACGCGGACGCACCGAAUGCCGCAACCGUGGAACGGGCCGCCUCGCCGUCGCCCUCUUUGUUUUCGGGUGAUGUUGAUCUGUUAACCGUUUCGGGUGGCUCCACGCUCCUCGCUGCCGCCGGAACACCAAGAGGUGUUUGGGAGGCGGAUUUAGAGUUGACGCGCUGUGCUUCGCGUCCACCCUUCGCUCGGUCGGGUUUCGCUGGAUUGGCCCGAGGUGAAUUCCAUGCAAUAGACUCUCCCACCGCGCACGGAUUGCGGUAUAUAAACAGCAUGGCCAUCGCACAUUCCAGUGGGUCUAAAUAUAUCUAUUAAGGCCACAAGAGGGGGGAGGACUUAUGUAGGGGCACCGGGGGGUAGGUAGGGGGGGGGUGUUAUCCUGGGACGUUCCACUGUCGUGGUGAACUCGCACCACUCGAAUUAUCUUCCGGGGAGAUUUGACCGUCGGGCUGUUGUCGCGUCCCGCAAGAGGAGAACUACGGUCCCGAUCCACCGACCAUGCCCUCCGGGUACAACGCGAGAGCCAGGGCGCGGGAGAGAAACAGCGUCCUGAGCAGACCCGAGUUCGUGUCCCUGAACCAGCCCCCCCGCGGCGGAGGUAACGGCGCCGGGGCCGGCGGCGGCGGCGGCAAUGGAGGCGUCCCGUCCGAGAGCCGAGGCGGCGCCAGGCGACCGGCUCCGAUCAAGCACCAAACGAGCCAGCCGGGCGAAGAGCCCGCCGACAGCGGCAGCAAAAUGCCGGAGGAGGACUGCAUGCAGCUGAACCCUUCCUUCAAGGGGAUAGCGAUGAACUCCCUCCUCGCCAUUGACAUAUGCCUGUCCAAGCGCAUGGGGUUGUGCGCCCACACGUCUUCUUCUGGGGCGGCUGCCGCUUCCAUGGUGUCCAUGCUGGCGCACGGGCACGGCAUCACGUGGAUCGUUGGCACCAUAGUUGUGUCUGGUAGGAGUAACACCCUUGCAGCAGGAAAAAGACUUGUUGUUCUGAUUGACUCGCUCUUUGUCGACGUCCUGACGGUGGCUGGGAUCCAGAGGCUGGUGAAGCGCAGAGGACCCUGGGAGAUGACGCCGGGCCUCCUGGACUGCGUCGCGAUGGACAUCUACUCCUUCCCCGCCGCCCACGCCAGCCGGGCCGCCAUGGUCUCCAAGUUCCUGCUGUCUCACCUGGUGCUGGCUGUGCCGCUGCGCAUCCUGCUGGUGCUCUGGGCCCUCCUGGUGGGCGUGUCCCGGGUGCUGCUGGGGAAGCACCACCUGACGGAUAUGGUGUGUGGCUUCGCGCUGGGCUUCCUCCACUUCAGCCUGAUGGAGACGGCGUGGCUCUCGUCGAGCACCUGUCAGAAUCUUAUUUCCAUCAGCACGCUCAGCUGGAGCCCCUUUUUCUGAGCUUUUGAUGUACGGCUGUGCUCACACAAAAGGCUUGUUUGAUACGCUAACCUCCCAGCGUGGAGGACGUAGGUCUGAUUGGGGUUGUUUUUGUAAGGGUUUGGAGUUCUUAUCGCAGGGAGUGAACAGGCAAACAUUCAUAUUGAGGAAUCAGAGGCUGGCUGGCGUGUAAUAUAUCAAGUAUUAUGUAGGCAUCCACGAAACCUUCAUAGGUGCCUAGUAGCUUCAGUCAUACCUGGUAAAACACACACCUACUGCACCUUAACAUAAGUCAGGUACUAAUUAUGAAAGGAGAAUGAAGACAUCUGCAAACUCGCAAUGAUUUGGUCAUAGUUUACGUAGGAUUUUUAAAGAUCUCUUUUGUAUCGAUUUGGGACUCUGACGCAGUACUAAAGCUGGUGCCAUUUAUCAAUAACUUGAAAGCCUUUCUAUUCUGCAAAUCAUCUUUGCCAUCUUUAUUUGUUUUACUUCCCUUCUACUUCUUCCUCUUUCUCAUUUGUUUUGAAUAUUCAUGUUUUUCGGAAUAGUGAAACUACGAUGGACACUGAACAGUGUAAAGUUACAAUAUGAAUGUAACACUAAAGUGUAUGAAGUGACUGUCUGGAUAUUCCACCUUGUUCCCUCUUCGGCAUGGCUAUUAUGUUUGUAUAUUUCUGAUGGGACUCUGUUCUCCUUGCCAAGUGUUUGUCAAAUAUGAGCUUAUUUUGAUAUCACUGGGGUAUCCGUUCCUCAUAAUGUCCCAUUAAUGCUUUCAUGAGUCUAAUGAUGUUUUUAUGGCACAUAUUUCAGCUCUUUCAUUUCAGGCCGCUGCAGUCUGCACAUCAGCCAAACAGAUGCUUAUGUACGGUCAAUGAUGCUGAUUCUGUGCCCCACAAAACCACUGGAGCGUGUGUGAGUGUGGGUGAAUGCAUGCAUGAAUAUUGACAUACAAAGUAUCAGUAUCUGUUCAGUUUGGAACAGAAUGUUUUUUAUGGACCUUUGAAUGACGCUUGCUGUUUUUCGUUGCAAACUUGUUUUGUAGUUUGAUGUGUAAAUACAUUAUUUUUUCUCUUGCAUUAGCUUGCGUAGUUCUGUACAGGGAUCUGUAGGGCGUGUUUUUUCACAGCAUCAAUAAAAACGAGGCUGGCUGUCUGUAAACCAUU